AUGGUCUAACGUAAUCUGGGUUUUCAGUGCGAGACGUUAAUGUGACGGGUGUAGUGAAGACACGCCAUGGAGGUCUGCCGGAGGUCCUCGUGGCUUUUGCUGCUUCUUGGAGUUUCGCUUCUCGCCACUACCUUGCAGGGUGUGCAAGGUGAGGUAGAGUCAGAAGGUCCUUCCGAAUCCGAAUGCCGGCCAUAUAUCGAAAAAGCUCUCAAAGAGCUCGAAACGGGAGAAUCCGGAACCAUAGGGACUCCAGAAACCGGGGACAGUAAAGAAGAUGUUCCUACAGUAGAAGUCACUACCGACGACUCCGAUCACCGAGAAGGUGAUGGAGAUGACGAUACUCACGAAGAAGGCACUGAAAGCAUCGAAAGCGUCGAACCCGAUCAAAACGCCCCAGACGAACAACAAUCUGAGCAAGAGGAAACUCAAGAAGAGAGCGCUGAGGGAACUGAAGCCGAACACUAUGCGGAAGAUACGGAUACACAGGAAGAAACUGGUGCUAGUCAAGAACAAGAAGCGAUAAGUAGUGAUGAAGGUGAAGAACAAAAAGCUGAAGAAACCGGAGAGGACGCAGACACUGGUGAAGAUACAACUGAGGCGGAAGGAGAAGAGCAAGCCGAACAAGAAAGCGAAACUGCUGAAGAAGGAGAGAGUGUAGAAGAAGCAACUGGAGAUGCGGAAGAAGAAACACAAACCGAAGAAGGGGAAGACACUCAAGAAGAAGCAGACACCAAGGAGGAAGAAGCAGAAACUAAAGAAGACACAGAAAGCGUCGAAGCCGAGGCACAAGUAGCCGAACAAGAAGAAACCGGUGAAGAUACUCAGGAGGAAACAGACGAAACUAAAGAAGAAGGAGAAGAUACACAAGAAGAACAAGCGGAUGAAGCAAAAGAAGACGAAAGCGAAACUCAAGAAGAAGAGGCAGAUGAAACGAAAGAAGAGGAAGCGGAGGAAACUAAAGAAGAAGAGGGAGAAACUAAGGAGGAAGAGGAAGAAACUAAAGAAGAAGUGGAAGAAACUAAAGAAGAAGAAACUAAGGAAGAAGAAGCGGAAGAAACUAAAGAAGAAGAAGUAGAAGAAGAAACUCAAGAAGCUGUCGAAGGCGAAAAGGAAAGUGCGGAAGGUGAAGCUGAAAGCACUGAAGAACAACAAGGUGAAGAUGUAGAAAGCGAACAAGAAGAAACUCAUGAAGACGAAGCCGACACUAAAGAAGAACAAGACGAAACCGCCGAAGACCAACAAGACGAGACAGCAGAAGAUACUAAAAGUGAAGCCGCUGAUGAUGAUAAAAGUGAAGCCGCCGCAGAUGAUGAUAAAAGUGAAGCCGCCGCAGACGAUGAUAAAAGUGAAGCCGCCGCAGACGAUGAUAAAAGCGAAGACACAGGUGAUGAUAAAAGUGAAACCGCAGAAGAAGAAACUGUUGAAGAGCAAGAAGGAGGUAGUACAGAAGCUGAAGCAACUGGAGACGCUGAUGAAAGAAGUGCAGAAAAAGACGACAGUACUCCUGACGAAGCUGCACAACAAGAAAGUGAAGAAGGUGAAGUUGCCGAAACACCUGAAGGCGAAAGUGCAGAGAGUGCAGGAGAAGCUGAAGAAGCUGUAACAGGUGGCGAGGAAAGUGUGGAAGGUGAGGAGCAAAGCACGGAAGGCGAGGAAGGUAGCGAGGGAGAGAAAAGUGGCGAAACUGAAGAAUCUGCUCCCGAGGAAGAGCUUUCUCUUGAUGUUGAAAUUCCAAGCGACCUGAGGGAUAGAAGUCACGUCGAACAUCUUCUCAAAGUUGAUGAAGAAGCAUCCGAAACCGAAAAAAUAAUAAAUAGAGUAGCCGAAAUAACACUGAGAGAGUUGAAGAAACUAUACGAAAACGCGAUAAAACCGUUGGAGGUACUUUAUAAGUACAGAGAUUUAAGUAAUAGGCACUUCGGCGAUGCUGAGAUUUUCUCCAAACCGUUGAUACUUUUUAUGGGCCCAUGGAGUGGCGGAAAAUCUUCAAUAAUUAAUUAUUUGUUAGAUAACGAGUACAACGAAACAUCAUUAAGAACAGGAGCUGAACCGUCCCCUGCAUAUUUCAACAUUUUGAUGUAUGGAGAUGAGCCAGAAAUUUGGGACGGUACACAAUUAGCAGCCGAUUUUACAUUUUCUGGGUUACAGAAAUUUGGACAAGGUCUAGAGGAAAGACUCAGAGGUGUGAGAUUACCCAGCAAGCUAUUAGAAAAAGUUAAUAUAGUAGAGAUUCCUGGCAUCUUGGAAGUACGUAAACAAGUUUCACGCGUAUUUCCUUUCAAUGAUGCUUGCCAGUGGUUUAUUGACAGGGCCGACAUAAUAUUUUUGGUGUAUGAUCCUUCAAAAUUAGACGUCGGUCCUGAAACCGAAGCUAUUCUUGAUCAGCUUAAAGGAAGAGAGCAUCAGACCCGAAUCGUGUUAAAUAAAGCUGAUCAAGUGAAACCCGAAGAAUUGAUGAGGGUCCAAGGAGCCCUAAUUUGGAACAUUUCUCCUCUUAUGUCAUCCGCUCAGCCUCCAGUUAUGUACACAACGUCGUUGUGGUCAAGACCCUACGAAUCGUGGGCUCCGUCGAGGCUAUUGCAAGCACAAGAAAGAGGUUUUUUGAGGGAUCUAAGGUCAGCUAUUGACAAACGUAUCGAAAAUAAGAUCGCUAGCGCGCGUAGAUUUGCGGUACGCGUGCGUAACCAUGCCAAAAUGGUGGAUUGUUAUUUAACCACAUAUUAUAACCAUAAGUCCGUUUUUGGCAACCGUAAGCAAGUGGCUGACGAAAUCAUCGAGCACCCUCAGGACUACCAUAUCUACGAAGGACUUUCGACUCUGACGAACAUUUCGCGUUAUGAUCUCCCCGAUCCUGACGUUUACAAAGAUUUUUUCAAGCUGAAUCCAUUGUACGAUUUCCAACAGCUUUCAGCUACGUGUACAUAUUUCAGAGGAUGUCCUAUUAAUAGGCUAGAUGUUGCCAUAGCAUACGAUCUCCCUGAACUAGUCGGAAAGCACAAGCGUUUAGUGGAAAGUGCUUUGGCAGAAGCCAAUCAAACACCUGUUCCGGGCAGUUGAGCCGUACGCCGAGGACCAAGUUUUAAGCCCUUACGUGUAGACAAUAUUCUGCACGCGUUAAAAGACUCUCGACGUCAUCGAACGUCGAAGCGACAUCAUUUUCAAAUUGUUCGUUCUAAAUUUUCCUAGUGUUGUCGCAAUUCUUCUUACUGGACUGAUGUGAAGUGCACGGACAAUAGUCAGCCACGCUUAUAUAGUCUCCUGCCAUGUGUGUUGAUCGCAUUUAAGAGUUCUUGCAAUCGGAGUGUUCAUUCAGAAAUCGAUUUCAAAGAGAGUGGGUUAUAUGUAUUUUUGACACCAGAUGUACAAUUCCUUACCAGCUUUACUAAAUUUAUGACAAGUGUUUCUAAUUGUAGUAAUGUGUAUAUUAUUUAUGUACAAAUAAUCGACUUUGUAGUGAAUAACUUAGUUUUUAUUUUCUCAUCUUUUUUUUUUCAAUCAGAGGAGAAUGUGUAACAAUGUAAGAAGACAUAGGUUAAGUACUUAAAUAAAUCAGUAUAUUUUCA